UCAAUAUUGUAAAGGGAGGUUAAUUUCAAUUAUUGCUUAAAUUUUACGGUUUGAGAUCUAAGUCCAGGUUUUAAAUCCUUCUUUGAAACCGAAGCGCACGCUUGGCUACCAACCUAUGUAAUAUGUAUGUUCCCUGAAAGCACUUCUUUGCCUUGAUCAAGGCAAAACGGGGGAUCAUGGAGGCGAGAGCUGGGUUCGUCUUCUCCAAAAUCCAAACAACCCAUGAUCGGGUACGUACAUGACAUUAGGAUCUCUCGCGCAUGCAACUGAUUUUGAAGGAGAGGAUUCCCUACACGGCUACACCAACCAUCAUAGACCAACCGAAAGGGAUGUCUUACUUUCUUUGGACUCAUAAACUUGAAUAAACUGAGAAAUAAAAAGAUCUGACGACCAAAGAUGUGUUGGUAGUAAGCAUAGGGACCAAAACAAUCGUUGAUGGAGUUUUAGAACUUAAAAUUCCAAACUCCAAGGCCUAAAUAUUUGGUAGGCAGGUUAGGCCGUUGGGCCAGGGUCGUUUUCUAGGUAGGAUAGGAAUAGGCAUUUUCUAGAUAGGAUAGGAAUAGGCAUAUAUUUUAUAUGUCCCAAAUAGCCGGGAUUAGGGUUUACAUACAUAGGUUUCUACGGGACGUAAACUCUCUCUUAUACGUAUUUGGAUCAUACCACAAGGGCCAAAAUUGUCGGUUUAGAGUCGAUACGAAUUUAGAUUCAAUAGUCUAAACCCUAGUUGGAUUAGGGUUUACUAGCCUCCAAUCAUAGAAUUUGGCCAAUCUGUUUGAGAACGAAUGGAGGGAGAGUGCCAACAGCCGCAAAAAUGGACGGCGGAGGAGGAAGAAGCCCUAUUAGCUGGAGUAGCAAAGCACGGAGUGGGCAAGUGGAAGAUCAUUCUUGAAGAUUCCGAGUUUGGCCCUAUACUCACUCAUCGCUCCAACCACAAACUCAAGUAUAAGUGGAGGCGCUGGAGUGUUAGACCUUCUGGAAACUCACCGUUUAUGGCUGAUGAAGCAGCCAAGGAGGCCCAGAUAGUUUCAGACACCGAGGAGGAACAGAGAGUUUCGGAGAUGAAGGAGAUACAGGAAGUUAAUUCGGAGACAAAGGAGAUGCAGAGAAUUUCGAAGUCUGCAGAAGACACCGAGUCAAUGCUACAGCUAGCCAAUGAGAUUUAUGAACGAUGUUCAAGAGGGGAGUUGAUUCGAAAGCAAUACAAGAGCUGGACAGCGAAGGAGGAAGAAGCCCUAGCAGCCGGGGUGCGUAAGUACGGGAGCGGCAACUGGAAAACCAUCCUCAAAUAUUCCAAAUUUGCUCGUUACCUCGCUCGGAAGUCAUGCGGUGACCUGUGGAAGAAAUGGAGGAGAAUGACAUUUAGGGUUUCCGAUGAGAAACUGAAGAUCAUGUCUCCCAAGGUAAAGAAGGUUGUGGCUGCCCGCCUGGAGGAGGCCAUUAAUGAUGGGAAAAGCUCUGCUUUUGCUGAAAGAAGAGAGAGGGGUAUAACGGGAAGCGGUUGGACGGUGGAGGAGGAAGAGGCUCUAGCCGCCGGGGUGGAAAAGUAUGGGAUGAGCAAGUGGAAGCACAUUCUUGAAGAUCCCGAAUUCGGUCCUGUCCUCGCUAUCCAUCCGUGUACAUCUAUGGCGGAUAAGUGGAGGAACUUGACUGACAGUGUUUCCGAGGAAAAGCUGAGGAGGAUGUCUUAUAAGGUAAGGAAAGUUGUGGAUGCUUCCUUGCUCAGCAAGAUUAAUGAUGAUCAGGGGGAGGAGACCGAAAGGGUUUCAAAGAUGGAAGAAGACACGGAAGAGAGCACUACGUCAACAAAGGUAAGGAAGGUUGUGGAUGAGGUUCAGAACUCUGCUAAUCCUAAUGAGGCAGUGAAGGAGACGGAAAGGGUUCCGGAGAUGGUAGAAGAAGAUGAGACCCUAAUGAUGGAUGUUGAAAGUUCUGCUGAUCCUGCUGAAGCAGUUAAGGAGAAUGAAAGGAUUUUGAAAAUGAAAGAAGAUGCCAAGUCUAUGCUACUGUUAGCGAAAGAGAUUUGGGGACAUUGCUCGACAGAAAACACCAAUCGAGUUUCUGCUCCUGCUUUUCCAGAAGCAGUGAAGGAGAGCAAAAUGAUUUUGGAGAUUGCAGAAGACAUUGAUCGAUUUUCUGCUGCUCCUGCUCCACAAGCGGAGAAAAAGACCAAAAUAAUUUCAGAAAUGGAAGAAGACACCAAUCGAGUCCCUGCUCCUGCUCCUGCUCCUCCAAAAGCAGUUGAAGAGACCAAAAGGAUUUCGGAGACAGCAGAAGAUACCAAAUCCAUGCUACUGUUCAUGAAUCAGAUUUAUGAAAGAUUCACGUAGUAAAUUUGUCCUCGAUUAAUUGUAAGUUUGAUUUCUUGUAAAUUGUAGAAUGUACAGAUUUCUUAUCUAUA